AAAUAAUUUAAGCAUUCGGCAAAUAACACAUUCUAUUUUGAUAGUUUUUAUCAACAGAAUGAAUGUGCUUUACAAUUGUUUCGCCGAAACAACACGAAAUUAAGAAUACCUUUUAUCAUAUUUAUGUCGUCUACUACCUCCUUAGCUUAUUUUUCAUUGGUUGUUGCUUUGUAUAAAUUGUUAUCGAUGUCUAAUGAUGUUAAUUUGAACAAAGAAACUUCAAGAUGACAUUUUCACGAAUUGCAUUCAAUAUAGUUGUAUUUGCUAUAUUUAUAUCAACAUCUUAUAGCAGUUCAAUUGCAAAUAAGGAAAAUGAAGGCAUCCUUAAAUUGCAGGAGCAAACUCAAGUGCAUACAGGUCGUUCUUUGGGAAAUGCUUGCACAAUCAAUCCUUGUAAAAAUGGAGGAACAUGUAAACUUGUUGAAUGCAAUGCUGUUUGUGACUGCCCCACGCCAUAUAAAGGAGAUACAUGUGAAGAAGAUCCAUGCACACCCAACCCCUGUAUGUACAAUGGAACAUGCGAUAUUGUUGAUGGAAAAGCAAAGUGCACUUGUUUGAAUGGUACCGAAGGAGAUUUUGGAGAAUUUUGUGAAAAAGCUUGCUUUCAUGGGAGUAGCAUUGUCCUUACAAGAAGUGGUGAAAAAGAAAUGAAAGACUUACAGCUGGGUGAAGAGGUUGCUUCAGGAUUUCAGCCAGACGGAUCAUUUGCAUACAGCCCAGUCAUAGCAUUUCUGCACAAAGACAGAAACAUGGAGUCUUCUUUUAUUCAACUUACUACAGACUCUGAUGCAACUGUACUAAUAAGUGACAAGCAUCUUAUUUUUCGGCGAACUGAUGACGAAGACUUUGAAGCAGUUCAUGCCAACAAAAUCAAGAUUGGAGAUCGCGUUUACACGAAAAUAGUUGGAAAAAUGGCAACUCUCUCUGUUGUCACAAGUCUGAAAUCUUUGGCUUUGGUUGGAGUUUACGCACCUUUAACAUUGGAUGGUACCAUUGUCGUCAAUAGCAUUUUAGCGUCCUGUUACGCCGAGGCUGACAGUCAUACGAAGAGUCACAUCGUAUUUUGGCCAAUGAGAGUACACUAUUAUCUUAAGAGUGCAAUUAAGAGUUUUGAUUGGCUUUGGAGACAGCCAAUUAGUAUAGUGGAAAACAUAAAACACUUUGAAUUUGAAAGUAUUGAUGCCAACAAGGAAAACAUGUUAAAAUCGCGAGAAUUUCAAGGAAUUCAUUGGUAUGCUGAAAUGCUUACAUGGCUAGUUGGAUCAAAGUAAAUUAAGAUAUUAUAGCCAGUUUAGAGAUAGUUCGGAAACUGAUGAGAAAACUACGAAGAAAAAUUUUAAAUUUCUUGUAUUACUUCAAUAAAAUAUUUUCAUGUCAUC